AUGCCAGAGGGAUACCAGCAUGAGACUGUCAACCAAAAUCUCGACUUUAUUGAUCUUGAGACCACGAAUAACAUCGAGUCUCUAUGGCAUAAAUUCAAACAGGGGCAUAAGUCAGGUUAUGGGACGGAAAGGACACCGUUGAAUUCGUAUGUGGACGAAUUCGUAUGGAAAAAAUAUAUGGAGGUUUGCUUGGACUUUGAUCAAUUAUAA